GGUGGGCUGCGGGGGCGUCACGGACAGAGGACUUGGGCUGAGGCUCCCCCGCGGGCGGGCGCAGAGAGACGCGGGAAGCAGGGGCUGGGCGGGGGUCGUGGCGCCGCAGCAAGCGCAGCCAGCCCCAGGGGCCGCCGCCUCCGCUGCCCAGCGCGCUCCGGGGCCGCCGGCCACCUUAGCACCCGCCGCGUCGCAGCUCCGGGACUGGCCCCGGCCGCGACGCCGCCGCGAUGGGCAACGCCGCCGCCGCCAAGAAGGGCAGCGAGCAGGAGAGCGUGAAAGAGUUCCUAGCCAAAGCCAAGGAAGAUUUCCUGAAAAAAUGGGAGACCCCUUCUCAGAACACGGCCCAGUUGGAUCACUUUGACAGAAUCAAGACCCUCGGCACCGGCUCCUUCGGGCGCGUGAUGCUCGUGAAGCACAAGGAGACUGGGAACCACUACGCCAUGAAGAUCUUGGACAAGCAGAAGGUGGUGAAGCUGAAACAGAUCGAGCACACUCUGAAUGAGAAGCGCAUCCUGCAGGCCGUCAACUUCCCGUUCCUGGUCAAACUUGAAUUCUCCUUCAAGGACAACUCAAACUUGUACAUGGUCAUGGAGUAUGUGGCUGGAGGAGAGAUGUUCUCUCACUUACGGCGGAUCGGAAGGUUCAGCGAGCCCCAUGCCCGUUUCUACGCGGCGCAGAUCGUCCUGACCUUUGAGUAUCUGCACUCCCUGGACCUCAUCUACCGGGACCUGAAGCCCGAGAACCUUCUCAUCGACCAGCAGGGCUAUAUCCAGGUGACAGACUUCGGCUUUGCCAAGCGUGUGAAAGGCCGAACUUGGACCUUGUGUGGGACCCCUGAGUACUUGGCCCCCGAGAUUAUCCUCAGCAAAGGAUACAACAAGGCCGUGGACUGGUGGGCUCUCGGGGUCCUUAUCUACGAGAUGGCUGCUGGCUACCCGCCCUUCUUCGCUGACCAGCCUAUCCAGAUCUAUGAGAAAAUCGUCUCUGGGAAGGUGCGGUUCCCGUCCCACUUCAGUUCUGACUUGAAGGACCUGCUGCGGAACCUUCUGCAGGUGGACCUCACCAAGCGCUUUGGGAACCUCAAGAACGGCGUCAAUGACAUCAAGAACCACAAGUGGUUUGCCACGACUGACUGGAUUGCCAUCUAUCAGAGAAAGGUGGAAGCUCCCUUCAUACCAAAGUUUAAAGGCCCUGGGGACACGAGUAACUUUGACGACUAUGAGGAGGAAGAGAUCCGGGUCUCCAUCAAUGAGAAAUGUGGCAAGGAGUUUACUGAGUUUUAGGGGUGUGCUUGUGCCCCAUGGGUUUUCUUUCAUUUUUUUUUCUUUUCCUUUCAAUUUUUUUUCCGGUUGGGGGUGGGGGGGUUGGAUCGAACAGCCAGAGGGCCCUAGAGUUCCAUGCAUCUAAUUUAACAUCCGCUCCACACCCCCAGGGUUAAGGAGAGCAGGAAAGCCAGAUACUGGGGAAGGGGCUACAUCAGCUGCCCCACCUCUCCCUUCUCCUCCACCCUUCCCUGCCUGUUUUCAAUGAAUUUCUUAGCUCCAGUCAUACCCAAUCUUGCUGGUGUAUCCAGGGGCAGGGUUCGGAAAGAGGGGCUCAAAUUCAGCCUCCACUACCCCAGCACUGGAUACUAAGGAUGAAGAGUAAAGCCAACCUUCCCUUCCAUGCAGCCCUACCUGGAAAGGGAGAAUUUAUGACCUGUACAGAGGGCUGCUUGCCAGUGGGUUUUUUUUUUUU